UCAUAAGUCUUACUACAUUUGCAGAGGUUAAUGAAAGAACCAGCAUGUUAUAUUACUGAGAAAGAGCGACGAAGCCCUUGGCAGAAAGCAAGGCUUGAAGAGGCGCUACUGGGAGGCGGCAACCAGCCUAAAAACCAUUAGUUUUUAGAGAGAACAGGCGUCCCUCAGAUCAGCGGCGAAGCUGAUUGGCUGGCCGCCCCCUUGGCGCGGCGCUGAGUGGAGGACCGCCAUCACGUGAUGCCUUUUCCCGCCGGGUGCCCUCUGGCUCGCGGCUGGCCCGCCUCAGUCGCUCUCGAGUCGCCAGCGUGGAAGGUGGUUGCGCGGUGGCUGCGUUGCAUCCCGGCCCGGGCGGCGAUGGACCACCGGCACGAGAGGGACGGGGCGCCGAAGCGGGCCUGCCCUUCCAGCCCGACCGACGACCAAGACUUGCGCACGCCGGAAAAGCGCGUCUCGGCGGUUCCCGAUGGGCUGCCGAGCCCCCAACACCCGCGGGAGUGGGACUCCGCGCAGCUGUGUGCCUUUCUUCACGCCAGGGGCCUCGGCGACGCGGAGGAGUUGAGCAGGCUCCGAGAAAAUGAUAUCACUGGUUCAUGUUUGCUCCACCUUACAGAAUCUCAUCUUGAAAAAAUCGGAUUUCGAAAGAUGGGUAUGAGACGAAAGAUUCUAGAUUGCCUACACAAACUGGCACAAAGUCAUGCUGAUAAAAUGAAGGUAUUUAAUGACCCUGUUCAUGGUCACAUUGAAAUGCACCCUCUACUUGUUAAAAUAAUCGACACACCUCAGUUUCAGCGCUUACGAUACAUUAAACAGUUGGGUGGAACUUACUAUGUUUUCCCAGGAGCAUCACACAAUCGGUUUGAGCACUCACUUGGAGUUAGCCAUCUGGCAGGCUGCUUGGUUCGGGCACUGCAAGAGCGACAACCGGAACUGGAUAUUAACCACAGAGAUAUUUUGUGUGUUCAGAUUGCUGGACUCUGUCAUGAUUUAGGUCAUGGACCAUUUUCACAUAUGUUUGAUGGAAGAUUCAUCCCACGGGCUCGCCCUGGAUUCCCAUGGAAGCAUGAAGAUGCUUCUGUUCAGAUGUUUGAGCACAUGAUCGCUUCCAACAAUCUAAGGCCUGAAAUGGAAAGUUAUGGUCUCAAGCUGAAUAAAGACAUACCAUUCAUUAAAGAACAGAUAGCAGGACCUAUUGAAUCUAAAAAAGAUGACUCUUCUUGGUCUUACCAAGGGCGAACCGAAGAAAAAAGUUUUCUUUAUGAGAUAGUGGCUAAUAAAAGAAGUGGCAUUGAUGUUGAUAAAUGGGAUUACUUUGCCAGGGAUUGUCAUCAUCUUGGAAUUCAGAAUAAUUUUGAUUAUCAGCGAUUCAUUAAAUUUGCCCGUGUUUGUAAAGUGGAAAAUAAGAAGCAUAUUUGUACUCGUGACAAGGAAGUUGGAAAUCUUUAUGACAUGUUCCACACAAGGAAUUGCCUGCACCGGAGAGCCUACCAACACAAAGUUGGCAACAUCAUUGAAACCAUGAUUACAGAAGCCUUUUUAAAUGCUGAUCCCUAUAUCAGUAUAAGGGGUUCUGAUGGGAAAGAAUAUAAGAUCUCUACAGCAAUGGAAGAUAUGGAAGCUUACACUAAGCUAACAGAUGACAUUUUUCUAAGUAUUUUACACUCUGAUCGACCAGAACUGGAGGCAGCACGGGACAUUUUGUGUAAAAUAGAGCGUCGCGAUCUCUAUAAAUUCCUUGGACAGACUCAGCCUCCAGAGGGCAUGGAAAUUAAAAAGGAACUGUGGGAUAGUCUACCUUCGGAAAUAGUUAAAGCUAAGCCAAUCAUUACUGAAUUGACCCCUGUUGAAUUGAAGGCUGAAGACUUUAUUGUUGAUGUUAUCAAUAUGGAUUAUGGAAUGAAAGAGAAGAAUCCUAUCAAUAAUGUUCGUUUCUACUGUAAGUUUGACAUUACUAAGGCGAUCCCAAUUUCUAAGGAACAAGUUUCACAGCUUCUACCAGAAAAAUUUGCUGAACAACUGAUCAGGGUUUAUUGUAAGAAAACAGAUGAAGACAUUAUUUAUGUUGCCAAAAAACACUUUUAUCAAUGGUGCAUAGAAAAGGAUUUCAGUAAACCACAGGAUGUGGAUGUGGUUGCCCCAGAAAUGACUCCACUGAAAAAAGAUUGGGCUCUUAAUGAAGAUUGUGCAAAGCAUGGUUCAAUGGGGACAAGUAGCCCUUCAAAGUUCAGACAAAAACUUUUUAAAUGACAAAAUCAACGUUAACGCCUUUAGUGUGAUUUAAAUUUUGUUAUAUCUUUUUUAAUAUAAUUGCUUUGUUAUAAAAAUAAGAUGAGCAGAUUUUUUAAAAUCAAACUACAGACUGAAUCUGCCCUAUGCCACUGGAAAUCAGCAUUGGGAAAUGUCUUAGUAUAUACAUUUUAGUUGCUUUGUUGCUUUCUCAAAUUAGUUCAUUGAUUUUCAAAAGAUAAAUGAUGGCCACUGCUAGCUUAAAGAAAUAAUUGUAAGUCGUUUCUAAGGCCAGUUUCAAAUACUUUUGAGAAAUCUCAUAUAUAUUUUUUAAAGACUGGCUUUCUAGCCUUGCCAUAUUUCAUUUUCUUAAGAUCCUUAAACUUGAUUAGUUUGCUAUUGAAGCAACACUAUAUAUAUAUAUAAAAUAUUCACAAGGAAGAUGAGGGAAAACUUGUGCCACUUCCUUAAUUCACAGUUGUUGUUUUUUUAAAAAGCCCCUCAGCCUCAGAUCAUGAUAGAGCUGAAUACACAAUGAUGCAGAGUUUGCUGCUUAUUUUUAGUAACCAAAGGAAAUACUGGCAACAACAAAUCUUCUAACAAAAUAAUUUAAAAGUAACAAGGACAUGUCAAAUUAUAGGAUUUUACUUCCUAUAUUACAAAGUUACUAGAAGAUAUUCAGGCAUUGAAGUUCAAGUAGAGAUUAGGUAUGGGAUGGAGCAGAUCUCAGAUAUUGGAAACUCCAGAGCCCAGUUUGGCUCAUAUUGACAGAGUGAAAAGGGAGGAGUGGCAUUUCUUUUCAGGGUUUUUAAAAAUCUCUCAUUGGGAUCACAUGCGUGUUAGUUUCAUGAAUCAUGGACACCAGACUUCCAACUCCCCAUUUCCUUUUUGCAAAGACACCAGUUAAAGAUGAAGGGGAAAAGGUUAUAGAGGCUUUAAUGGGAGUGGACAGUUGAUGCUGUGUCUAAGAUCAGUUUUCUCAGCUUUUAGAAGAUGAUUAUUCUGAUAGCACUGGGACUACCUCGGGUAAUAGAUUGUAUCCCUACUAUCUUUUCCCCCAGAUAAUCUGAUUGUAUUUGUCAUAUUCCUUUAAAUCUUUGAUAUGCACUUUAUGCUGACAAACGUGAUUUUGUAUAUGUGACGAGCGUGCUCUUAAGUGUGGGAAUGCAGAUUUUUAUCUUCCCAGUGUUUUUUUUUUAUUCAACUCCAGUUUAAUAACUUCUAGUUAGCUUCCAGUUUUACAUUCUUUGGGUCAGAUUCAGAGUCACUCUUCUAUGAGUAAAAGGGCUUCACUCAUUCACAGAUGAAACAAAGAUUUAUGCUGUUGGGGGACUGUGACUUAUUUCCAACAUUGUAAAGAAAUGAAAAAAGCUACAGGACAAAUCAUCAAUUCAGUAGGAACUAAAGCAAAGCUUUACUUGAACCAGCUGAAUCUAGAAUUCCCCCUUACUGACACACAUGCCACUGGGUCCUAUGUACCAAGAAUUGUACAUCAUUACAUGGACUAAAGGCUGCAUAUAGCUCUCCAAAAGCCUUUUUUUUGGUGCCUCAUAACUCAGAGCUUUCCAUACCCCCCCCCCCCCCCCCCGAGCUACGGGAAAAACAUGAGGUAUCAUUUUCCUGUUCUUGGAAGCUCCAAGAAUGGUGGUUCAGACUUGCUUCCUUUAAGAAUGACAUAAUCUCCCACCUCCUUCCAAAAAUAGAAAAGUAAAAAAUGGAAGUGAAUGAGUGGUCACUUCAGUUUUUUUCUCUCCUCCCCCUUUUUUAUGACUACUACAGCAGCUACUGGGGCAAAAAUGGUUCCCAGUUCUGCCAGAUUUGCACAUUCAGGUAUAUCAGUUGAGCCUCAUAUAUUUGAGUUAGAGAGAAAUGUUAUUCAUCCCUAGUUACACGUUUAAUUUUCUAUGCUCCACUUCAAAUGAAGAGGGCAAAGUAACUACACAUACAACAAUCUGUAAAGCUGCAUUGAAUUGCUAUUCCUGUUUAUAUUACAAAAACUACAUUUUGCAAUUUCAGAAUAUGAAGCCUUAUCUAUGAUCUUUACAGCACAGUAAUAAAAGCUCUCUAAUGGUU